GUCUAUACAGAUCUAGAAAUUAGAAGAGUGAGAGGGACAAAGAAAGAAGAGAAAAAAGAGACAAGGUUGGGAAAGGAGAAGAAAGAUGGAGGAAGCAAAAGGAACAGUGAAGCACAUAGUCCUUGGAAAGUUCAAGGAUGACAUCACUCCACAACAGAUUGAGGAACUCAUAAAGAGUUAUGCCAAUCUCGUCAAUCUCGUCCCUCCCAUGAAGUCUUUCCAAUGGGGCAAGGAUGUAAGUGCUGAAAACCUGCAUCAAGGUUUUACUCAUAUAUUUGAAUCAACCUUUGAGAGUACGGAAGCUGUUGCAGAGUAUGUAGCUCACCCUGCCCAUGUUGAAUAUGCAAAUUUGCUCCUUCCCUCCUUGGAGAAAGUGAUUGUCAUUGACUACAAGCCUACCAUCGUUAAACUUUAAAUUGGAUUAGUAAUGGGAGACUUGGCUGCUAGUAUUCUGUUAAAAAUAAAAUUGGUUUCCUCUCUAAACAUUUGUGUACAUUUCAAUGCUCCUUCUGGUCAUAUGUGGAUUGUUUUCCUUUGUUUGCAAUGGAAUUACUUAUUUUGGUUUUGAUAAGAUGUAGAAACCUCAUUGAUUUAAAAUCACUCCAUGAUAAGACAGUGUAUUAUUAUCA